ACAUGGUAGGAAGUGAAGCACGAAUAUUGUUAUGUGAUUCUUGUUAUUUUUACGUUUCUAGCGGCGCCCGGUUAUCACGGUUAUCAUUAGUUUUUGCAAUACAGUGAUGAAUAUUUGAAAAGCGAAUUUUUGACUUGCAAUAAAAUGCUACGCAUCAUUGUUUCGACGGCUAUCCGUCAACUUGCGUGCACACAAUCAUUUACUAGAUUGGCAGCGAAACCAACUUCCGGUGUUUCCUCGUUAGCCAGCAAAUUCUCGACUUUCUUUCAAACGGGUUUCCAUCCAACUUUGAACCCACGAAGCCUCCGCUUUGGUUCAGUGCCAGCUAACCCAGUCACUCUGAAUGUGGCAACCGUGGGUGGACCCAUCUGCCUACAGCAGCCAUGUCGUACGGUUACCAAGUUUUCGAUGCGUAAAGGCAAGAGGAAGACUGUGAAAGCGGUGAUCAAGCGUUUCAAACGAUUAGAGUGGGGUGGAUGGAUAAGGACACGAGCCGGGCGGCAUAAGCAUAUGUGGAAGAAGUCAGCAGCUCGUAAGCGACGUCUGCGACAACACGUGCUUGUGAACUCCCAACAGGCCACGCUGCUGGAUAAAAUGGUAACUAAGUACUGGAAGCGCCCGCGGCAUUAUAUUAAUGACCCUUAUACGCCGUAUCACACCCGGGAGGAAUUGCGCGAAACUAGGAGAAAACCGUUGCGCUAUUAAAAACGCUAAUAAAAGUAGUCACUGAACGUUGAUAAAUUUAAUAAAAAUUUAUUGACAAACUUAA